AUGAAAACAUUUCGCCCUUCUCCACACGUUAUGGCGAGUAAAACGAUAAAUACGUUUGGUGAAUUAUUCAGUCAGAAUCUGUGGAAGGCAUCACAAGCAUCCUUUGAUCUGUCAACAAUAUUGUCCGACUAUGAAUUGAUGAUUUUUCGUCAUUACAAAUUACUGAAUGGCUCACCGUUGCCGAUGGCAUUUUUUAGUCUUUUAACAUCAUUAAGUCAUUUUGGACAAAAUUCAUUUUAUACAAAUAUGUUUCAUCAAAUGAAACCAAUUAAUAUUUAUUCAGUUAUUAUCGGUCAGACAGGUCCAUCUAAGACGACAAACCUUAAACCGAUACGAGAAUCCUGCGACAAAGUUGUUAAUGUACUCAGCGAUAAGUACAAAUAUGAAAUGGAAUUCGAUGGUGAAGAUAAACAAAUACCUUCAAUAAUAUCAAAUUUGAAUGGAUUAUCGCUACGUAUGCAUCUGAGCAAAGGCGAUCAAUUUAUGUUAAGCGAUGAAAUUGACCCAGCAUUUUCCAAAUUAGGCGUAUAUGAGGACGAUGGUAAAACCGAGGAGGCCACAUUGUUAAUUAAAGCAUUUGAUCGAAUUAUCGGCGAUACGCGUACAACAGCACAAACGGCCGUCGACAUAACGAAAGCGAAAUUGGCGAUACUUGGAUACACAACCGGUAAUCGAUAUCCUUUACUAAUGAAACAAUGGUCAUGUCAAAAUCGUCUGGAAGGUGUACAUAAUCGAUUUUGUUACAUGGCACUGCCCCAUUUCGUGUUGCCGACAUUAUUAGGAAUCGACAAUACUCGUCCGAUUCAAUCGCCAUCAGCAGCAAUAACAGUCAAAGCAACGCACUCAAGCACAACAGUUGAUCUGGUUAAAUUAUUGUCGCCAUCAACAAGAACUAGUGUAACGAAACAGCUAUCGGACGAACAAUUAGACGAUUUUUGUGAUUCAGCCUAUGCCUAUACAUUCAGUAAAAUAGCUGAUCAUUUGGAUGCUAUUGAAUCGGAUAAAACAAUACCACUGCAUAUCGAAGCAUUUUAUGCAAAAACUGUCGAAAUUUACCCAAAAUAUUGUGCAUUAAUACAACUAUUUGUAAAUAUUACAAAAGUCUUACAAAAAAUCAAUCAACAAUUGAUAAUUUUCGAUGAUGGUGACAAUUCAAACAAACAAAUAUCACAGGAGUUCGUGAGAGCUGCACGAACAGCAAUUACUGACUUGUUUUUCGGUGCCAAUAUAAAAAAAAAUGAAAGUGGUAUGCUAAUAUUAUACUUUGAAAAAAAUAUUUGUAUAAAAGCGUGGUCGGUCUAUGAAUAUUUAUUUGGUGUCGUAUUACAAUUGUUCGAUAUGCCUAAACCAGUACAAAAACCAGCAAGUACAACAUUGAUUUUAAAUACAAGUACAUAUCAGUCCACGGAACGACAACAAGAUGGUCGAAAAAUAUUAAUGAUACCAUAUAAUAUAUUUACGAGAGCAACGUUAACAAAAAACGGUGGGCUGUUUCACAAUUUGCCAUCAACAGUUGUCGAUGACGCACUGGCUGUGUUAGUGAAGGAUAAAUUGAUUUUUGAAGACAAAUGGAUAAUCAAAGUAAGCAAAGCUUACAGAAAAAUUCCACCACCAGACGAUCAAAACGAACGUGACCAACUCGAGAAGACAUUGAAUGUUUAUGCUGUACAAUUAAAAGAAUAUGAAGAUAUAUAUUCACAAUCAUCAAGACCACCUACAAGCACAUUAUCAACUAUGUGUUGUCAACACUUAUUAAAUUACCCAAUUUAUAUCAAAGAAUAUCAUAAAUAUCACGAUUUACCGUACUUGAAAGAAGGAAUUGAUGAAUUGAUCAAAGAUGGUGCAAUCGAAGAAAUACUCGAAAAUGGUAAGAAAGAAUAUAAACUCAAAGACAUAUCUAAGUCACUAAAUUGGACUCAUAAAACGGCGGCCAGUUCAUCAUCAUUAUUACAACUAUUACCGAUACAAUCACAAUUGAGUAAUGUUCAAUCAGCUAUACAGUCGACACAUUUGUCACUACAACCAUCGUCAUUAGAUUCGAGAGAUAUUGCACUCCAGACAUUAUCAUCAUCUACAAGCAAUGUAGCAUCACUACCAACAAAUAAUCCGUCUACAACACCAAUAACUGCAAUAGCGGUAACACCAAGCAAUCAUACAACGGGAAACCAUUGCAAUGAUAACAACAUUGUUCUACACUCGUCAUCAUUCGUGCUAGAUAAACAAUCAUAUACGAAUAAUCAUGAUACGAGCAAGAAUGCAUGCGCAGAUUCAAUGGAUACACAAAAUGUACAACGACCUGAUGAAAUGUCACAUCGUGAUCUAGGUUUCGAUGAUGAUCCAAAGGCUAAUUCUGUAAGUGACAUCACUGGUAUACUGAUGGAUAUUACUAAUUUAAUAACAGGAUUAAAUGACGACAAUACUUCUUGCAGAACCAUGGCCGAAUUGAACAGAGUAACAAAUAAUAAAAAACAAGCAAUCAGCAAGCUACUUGACGAGAAGUUAAUUUCGUCUGGUUUAUAUUUUGCACAUACAAACAAAGCAACGGGUGAUGAUCAGCUGAAUAAAACAGUAGGCUAUAUGAAGUGUUUUGCACCUGCCAGUACUGGAGUCGAAUGGAUGGAAUUUAAUGAUUGUUUGGAGGCAAAUGGCGUCAGCUCGGAGAGUUAUUUAAAAUCGUUUAAUUUUGGGCAGAUAAUUCAAUAUGACCAAGAGAUGAAUUUACCGAUCAUACCUAAAACCAAUGCAUUUACUAAAACGACGUCACAUGGACUGACAGACGAUUUUGAAGAAAUUUUGAAGUUUAACUCACAUUAUAAUCAAUACGUGCGAUAUGAUGAUAAAGCUAUUAUUCGUCUAAAGGAAAAAGUUAGGACAAAUCUAUCUGGACGUGUAAGUGCAUGUGAACCUGUCGAUGAGUUUUAUAUAGCAAAUGCAUCAAAAUCAAGGAAAAAUAAACAAGGAUCAUCGGCAUCACAAACAACAAAGGUAAUUAAGAGAAAAUAUGCAGAUGAUCAAACUACAACUGACGAUGCCGAUGGCACUCAGCAAAAGCCAAAUGACGAAUUUACCAAACGUGUUACAGCUGCGUUAGCUGGUCUUGAUGAUGGCGGCGAUGAUCUCGACAGUAGUCCUUCGGCUCCUUCAACAAGAGAUAAAUAUUCACCAAGUGGAAAACGUCGUUCAAAUGAAAUAGCCAUUAAAUGUGUGGCGAAAGACGGUCGUUCUUUUGGUGAUCUUUCCAAACCUGGCCUAUGUGAAUUGUUUGAUGCAAUAGCUCCGGGAUUUCGACCACCUCACAGAAAUACAGUUCAGAAAAACUUGAAACGGCUGCGACAAUCAACAACUCAAAAAUUGAAACAACAAUUGAGAUCAGUUGAUUUUCUUGAAGUUACGUCUGAUUUCUGGUCAGAUGCUCGUAACGUAUCUUAUUUAGUCUUAACGGGACAUUAUGUCGACAAGAAAUUUCGAUUAAAAAAUACCAUCAUUAGUUUUUCGUCGUUCAGUGAAAGACAUUUUGGAUAUAAUAUAGCUCAAGCUAUUGAAAAUCAAUUAAGACAGUUGGUUGUUUAUGAAAAAACAAGAACAAUUACAUGUGACGGUGCUUCCAAUGUAAAGAAAUCAUUUGAACAAUCGGAUCCAUCUAUUCAACGUCUCCAAUGUCUGGGCCAUAAAUUUCAUUUAAUUGUGUGUAAUGGUAUUGGUCUCUGGGCAAAAUCAAAAAAAGAGAAAAAAACGAGUGAUAGUUCUGAUGGUAUGUAUAGUUUAAUUUCUUUUAAAUUAAGGAGGGUCUUUUUUUCUUCCGCUUGGGGUUUUCCACCAGUUUGUAUCAAGAGAUUUUGGCGAUACUUUCUCUUUACUUUCUGAGCUAGACGAAAGUGUCCAGAAAAUUUCGAACCCCGACACCAGCUACAGGGUGAUGUACCACAUCAACUUUUGAAAGAGAAUAUCAUCAAUAAGACUCUCAGAUUUUCUGGACACUUUCAUCUAGCUCAGAAAGUAAAGAGAAAGUAUCGCCAAAAUUUAGGCGCCUUUUCUUUCCUCCGGAGUGCAGAGUUUGAGUGUUUUGAAUUUUAAAGAUUGAGCUUAAGAAAUUUAACGACAGCAAAGUAUUAUCCCAUAGAAGAAAACCAUGAUAAACAACUUUUACACUCACAUUUCUGCUCCAAAAUGCUUCCCCGCAGAGAAUCUGCAGGCAAGAUUUCGAAAAAGCAAAUUUUUUUCCCUCAAAAACAUUCUCGAGUUCAAAUUCGAAUCUUCUCCGCAAACUUUUGUCCGGGAACAAUGAAAAUCGUUUUACGCAUACAUCUCGACAUACUCUAUCUAUUGGUUACAAAACUAAGGUUUCAAACUGAAAAGUGAAAAUUUUAUUUAUAUGGAUAAAAAAGAGCGAAAAA